CAAGCAUGCUUUUCAUUUAACAGCCUCCACUCUACUCAACCCUCUCCUCAACUCCGAACUUCCGAAUCCUUGGAACGUAAAUCUCUCUCUUUCUCUCUCGCGAGGACUGGUCGAGAGUUUACAGGGGAAUUUGGGAUCUCUGAAUCAAUGGAUGAAAACCCAUGUGCGAGCAAUGGCGGGGAAAUGAUAAAAAGUUCUAAUGGAAAAGAGUUAGUUAUUAAUGAAGGAAAUUCAGAUAGGGAACCUUAUGUGGGUAUGGAAUUUGAAUCUGAGGAGGCUGCCAAGGUGUUCUAUGAUGCAUAUGCAACAAGCUUGGGCUUCGUCAUGCGAGUUGAUGCGUUUCGACGGUCAAUGCGUGAUGGGAAUGUUGUUUGGCGUCGACUGGUGUGUAAUAAAGAAGGUUUUCGUAAAUGCAGACCUCGGAGAAGUGAGAACAGGAAACCCAGAGCGAUCACCAGGGAGGGCUGUAAGGCAAUGAUUGUGGUAAAGAAAGAGAAGACAGGAAAAUGGGUUGUUACAAGAUUUGUUAAGGAGCACAAUCAUCCGCUGGUGGUUGCACCGGCCAACAGUCGUCGCAGUGUGCUCCUAUUGCAAACACCAGAUGAGAAAGACGUAAAAAUUCGGGAAUUGACAGCUGAGUUACAUCGGGAGAGAAAGAGAUCUGCAUCUAUUCAAGAACAGCUUGAUAUGGUUUUGAAAGAUAUGGAGGAGCAUUCCAAUAACCUAUCAAGAAACAUUGAUGACAUAGUUCAAAGUGUGAAACAAAUUGAAUCAAAGAGAGUUGUCCUUUCACACAGCUGAUGGUCUGAUUAGUUGUUCACUUUAAUUUGUCUUUGUAAAAUUUCUUUUGCAGACAAUAUUUGUUUUCCGGGAUGUAAAUAAUCUGUCCGUUGAGAUGAAUUUUCCCUGUUUCUGUAAGAAGAAAGUAACCAAUUAAGCUGCUUUGAAGAUUGGAUCCUUAGCUCCAAAUGCUUGACAUUAAUUGAUGGCUGAAGUAAAUAUUCUUGCAA